AUGUCCUACUUCUUCUCCACUCCGGUCGACAUUGACGUCGUCCUCGAAGACCUGGACGACCGCUCGGCCGUCGACGUCAAGCUCGAUAAGAACCGCAAAGAGAAGGUGCCCUUGUAUCUCGACGGCGAGUCUGUCAAGGGGCAGGUCACAGUCAGGCCCAAGGAUGGCAAGCGGCUCGAGCACACUGGCAUCAAGGUGCAGUUCAUCGGGACAAUUGUCUCCACACUGACACGGCAUGGCGCAGAGAUGUUCUUCGAUCGCGGCAACCACCAUGAAUUCCUCUCCCUCGGCCAGGAGCUUGCCGCGCCUGGCGAGCUCCAGCACCCUCAGACCUUUGAGUUCAACUUCAAGAACGUGGAGAAGCAGUACGAGUCGUACAACGGCAUCAAUGUCAAGCUGCGCUACUUUGUGCGCGUGACGGUCUCACGCCGCAUGGCCGACGUGGUCAGGGAAAAGGACCUAUGGGUCUACUCCUACCGGAUACCGCCGGAGACGAACAGCUCCAUCAAGAUGGACGUUGGCAUCGAGGACUGUCUGCACAUCGAGUUCGAAUACUCCAAGUCCAAGUACCACCUCAAGGAUGUCAUUGUAGGCAGGAUAUACUUUCUUCUGGUGCGGUUAAAGAUCAAGCACAUGGAGCUCUCCAUCAUCAGAAGGGAGACAACAGGGGCCGCACCGAACCAGUACAACGAGAGCGAGACACUAGUACGAUUCGAGAUUAUGGAUGGCUCACCAUCAAGAGCAGGAGAGACGAUCCCAAUUAGGUUGUUCCUUGGCGGUUUCGACCUGACGCCCACUUUCCGAGAGGUGAACAAGAAAUACUCGACUCGAUACUAUCUAAGCUUAGUGCUUAUCGACGAAGACGCUCGAAGAUACUUUAAGCAGUCUGAGAUUGUUCUUUUCAGACAAGCGCCCGAGGGGCUUACCUUAGCCCAAGAGCAGAACAAGCUUAUGGCGGUGCCAUAA